CACCUUAUGGCUGCAGGCACGAUCGGUCUCACGGGCGCUGUGAUGGCGUUUAGCGUUUCAACAGGUAGCUCUAGCUCUCUUAUUUUCUUUAAUUUUCCAUCCAUACUGACCAGGCAGAAUACUACCAAUUCAUUCUCAGCUUCGGUAUACUCGGUGGCAUAUCCGCAUCCCUCCUUUCAAAUCCCAGCAUCUCAAUCAUAAACCACUGGUUCUACAAGAAGCGUGGAAUAGCCACCGGUAUCGCCGUCACAUCCGGCGGUAUAGGGGGGAUAAUAUUCCCCCAGAUCUUCAAUGCGCUCACGGUAAAGGUCGGAUUCGGGUGGGCGAUGCGCACAAUCGGCUUCAUCGCGCUCUUCUUCUGCAGUCUGGGUUCAAUCCUGCAACGUUCUCGGCUGAGCCGGGCUAAAGCCAAGACGAAUCGCAAAACAAUCAACCUGCGUGACUGUGCCGACCCCUCGUUCAGCCUGACGGCGGCAGCAAUUAUCUUUGCGGAUAUCGGAGCCACCAUCCCGCUAACAUAUUUGACUUCAUAUGCGCGGGCGAAGGGGAUGGGCGUUGAUAUGUCGUAUGCACUCAUGUCGAUUCUCAAUGCGACGAGUAUCGUGGGACGGCUGGUUCCUGGCUACGCGGCGGACUGGGUCGGGCGGUUCAACACGAUGAUUGUGACGGCUUCUGUGUCUGCGAUAUUAACUCUGGCAUUAUGGCUCAAGAGCGGGUCGAACCACGGGGCUAUAAUCGCGUUUGCAGCGCUGUUUGGGUUCUCUAGCGGAUCGGCGAUUAGCCUCUCGCCUGUUUGUGUUGCUCAGAUAUCCAAGACGGAGGACAUUGGGAAACGGUUUGGCACUAUCUAUACGUUUGUCGCGAUUGGUGUUCUCGUUGCCAUUCCCAUUGCUGGGCAGAUCCUUGAGGCGCAAAGUAAUGGCGAUAAUCAGGUAUAUUGGGGGCUCGUUGUGUUUUGUGGCGUGGUGUAUAUAGCUUCGGCGGUGUUCUUUGCAAUUGCAACGGGGGUAUCCACGGGGUGGAAGGCGAAGAUAUUUUAAUAUGAGGGCAGAUAACCAUAAACAAAAAUAGACUUGUUUGGCAGGGAUUGGACUCGGUGAAGCGUCUCUU